GUAAACAUUUUUGAGAGCUGUAGGUGUGGGAGGAUUCAGUUCGGAUGGCAAAUAUUUAACACAUAUGUGCAUUUAACUAUGACAUAGUGAUCUCAUUUGUAUCCAACUCUAAGAGAAGAAAGUAUCACCAAACUGUUGUAAAUUAUUCUGCUGCUUCCUUAAUAAUUAAAAUGGGUGACCUUCGUGGGGACAUGCGAAAGGCGAUGGCAGAAGCCUGCAAGAAGGAAGGUCAACCGCCCAUAAUCGAAAAGACGGUGGGGUCAAUUUGGGAUCAUUUCAAAAAGUCUCAACCUCUGGUGUUGGCAGAAAAAGGAUUGCAAGAUGAUUGGAAGGAGAAGGUGAGCGUUUGGGAGUUGUUACAAAGGAGUCUGGAAAAGUACGGGAUUCAUCCAAAAAUUGUCGAGAUCACGAUGAAAAAGUUGAAAGCAAAGUACGGGGAGACCCCGAAUGAAGCCGCUGCAAGAGUCAUGCUGGGAUAAGUAGUUUUGUGUAAAUAAUUCUUAUCUGAAUAUUCCAAUCAAUAAAACGUGUCGGGUGUUUUGAUAAUGAAAAACCUACAGUGCAGUGUCGAUCUAGCCCGAGUCAAGCCAGAGUCCGCAUCUAAAUUUUUGCCUAAUGACCCCAACUAUGCAUAUUACCAUAUAGCUUAUUACUAACUAUUCUCAAUCUUCAAAAAAUGUUCCCACAAUUCAACAUGAAAAAUUUAAGCUUUUUCAGCCAAUUUCAAAAAUUAGUAUGGGUCACCCUGCUUGGUCCAUCUCCCAAAAGUAUUCCUAAAUUUGACCUCAUAUUUUUUGGUCUAAUGUACACUUGCACCUUCGUAUUGAAUUUAAUCAUUCAUGCCAGAUUUAAGUCUUCUACGACCAAUUUAAAAAAGCAGAGGGGUGAUCCUACCGGGUCCCUCUAAAUAAUACUUUGGUUGUUAUGACAUUGUAUUCUCAGUUUAGUACACAAAUAUGACCAAUGUCUCGAAUAUCAGUCUUCUUCUACCAUCAUUCUGCACAAUGACCUUUAUGUCCACCUCCAUGUGUGGUAAGCUACUUGACCGAUUUUGCUCAUAUUCGAGCUUAACGCCUCAUUUUCCCCAACCUACAUGUGUCCCAAGUUCCAAGCCGAUACGACAAGUUUUACGAGCGUAAUCGAUAGAGACAGGCAACCACGACGGAUGCAUAAGCCCUGACUCGGGCUAAAAAAUGAGAUUGACCACAGCAUCUCUGUUACCUAAUUGCUUCACGUUUAUUAUACAUACAGUACAGUUGACAAUCUACCUUUCGGUGUACAUAUCUACAAAUCCUUAAAAGCUUAUACAUUUACAUAUGUAUGUACAUAUUUACCUACACAUAUGUACACACGCACAAACCGAAGUAUUACUUCCUCUCUCAAAUCCCUCAGGAUUCCUCAUCCCCCAUUCCUCAGUUAAGUAAUACAAGCUUUAUGAAUACCAUUAUAAAAUUUAACUUUACCACCGAGUGUAAUAAAACGGUUAAACUAGGUCACAUUAAACCAGGAAAUAAAACAUAAAAGCUGCAACAUGAAAAUGCUGGAAAUAUUAAAAAUAUAUAUAGAAAGUAAUAGGAAAUACAUUAUUAUAUUUGCCCUGGUACUCCUCCAGAUUCAAGUUUAUCUGCAUAUUACACGGUCAGACGUAAUUUACGAACAACAAACCCAGUUCUUAAGAAGUGAACGAUCAUCAUCAUGCCCCCCGGAAAAGCAUUGGACAAACUUGAGAAAGAAAUGGAUCGUAGUCACAUCAAUAUCUCAUCCAACGGAGCAAGUUAUCAAGCUCAGUCGCCUCCCAGAAUUUCAACUUGUUGUUGUCGCCGAUCAGAAAACUCCAAAGGACUGGACCCUUGAGAACGCCAUAAUUCUAAGCACUGAAAAACAACUCCAGCUGGGAUACAACAUUUUACAGCACAUUCCUUGGAAUGCUUACACACGAAAAAUGAUCGGCUAUCUGUUCGCUAUUCAACACGGGGCUGAAAUCAUAUACGAUACAGAUGACGACAACGUUCCCAACAUUUUGACCGAUUUCGAUAAGUAUUUUGCUUUCGGGAAUACCACGCGUGGUUUCAUUGCUCAGUCCGACGUGGGAGAGUUUGGUUACAUCAAAAAUCCCUAUGUCCAUUUCGGCCAGAGGUCAGUUUGGCCGCGAGGUUAUCCAGUGGAAUUGGUGGGUUCGGCCACCAACAAUAAUUACACGGUGUGCAGAUAUACCACACCAGUUAUUCAGCAAGGGCUUGUAAAUGGAGAUCCCGACGUGGAUGCUAUCUUCCGUCUUACGAGGAAAAAAAUGUACAAAAAUAUUGACAUCCAAUUCGAUGGUUACGCACCACAGGUUGUUUACCCAAAAGGAAUUCUGGCACCUUUUAAUUCGCAAAAUACACUUUUUCAUUAUGACUCCUUCUGGGCGUUGAUGCUCCCAGUUUCCGUCGCUUUUCGGGUCACUGAUAUAUGGAGAGGAUAUUGGGCACAACCACUGUUGUGGAAAAUUGGAAAAAAUUUAGCCUUCACUGCAACAAAUACGACACAAGUUAGAAACGCGCACAACUAUCUCAAGGAUUUCGCAGAAGAGAACAAAAUAUUUCUGGAGGCUGGAUCAUUAGUAAAAUUUUUAGCAGAGUGGAAAUGUAGCUCGACAGAUUUAUACAAUUGCAUGGUUAGCUUGACUGAAGACAUGGUCACUAAUAAAUUUUGGGACGAACAAGAAGUAUCAUUAGUUAAAGCAUGGAUUUUAGACCUGAAUUGCGUGGGAUACACUCCACCGGUAAUUGUUAAGGAAAGUAAAGCAGGCUCAUCCCUGUGUGUCAAUGAUUUCCAAACGUACUCAAUAUUUAAUGGGAUUACUAGUAAUAGCGAUAAUAAUAAUAACGCGACGUCUAUAAAUGAAAAAUACGAACUGAGGAAAUUUUGUAAUUUCGGAUUCGACGUUAAUACAACGGUUCCAAAAAAUAUUUACCCAGAAACCUUGUUAGUGAUUACCUUCAAUUUUCCACAUUAUGAGCAUAUCUGGCUACUUGAAUUAAUUUAUAGACCAUAUUUUCCCAACAUACUGUACUGCGGGGAUGGAAAGACAUUUAAAACUCGGGAGGAUUUAGAAAUUUCAUUUGUUCAUGCUAACGUGACCGACGGUUGGUCUUGGUACGAAUGUGCCCUGCGUGCCAUUGAUAUGAAUUAUGGGAUUCGUCAAAACUACAUAUUCUUAUCGGAUGACGUGGUAUUCGAGUUUUGGAAGACUGAAGAAUACGACAAGGAUGAGAUUUGGGGAUACAAAAUUGAAGAUCAAUUAUUGGAUGUUGCUCUUCUAAACCAGUCUGCUCUCGUACCUCAAGACUUUGCUUGGGAGUGGAACCGUGGAGACCUUGGACGAGUCGGGUGUUUAAAAGCGCUCACAAGAAUUGCAAACGAAUCAGCACAAAACGAGUUACUUGCUCAAUUUGUGAAAAAUCGAGGCGAAUUUGGACUUCCGGGUACCUUGAUGAAGGUCGGAAUGUCGGACAUUUUUCAGCUGCCAAGAAUCAAAGAAGAUAUAUUCUACGAGGCUGGAAGAAUUGUGAGAGAAUCUGAAAUUUUAUUGGAGAUGGCAGUACCUCUAAUCACUACGGGGAUUAGUUCGCCCGAGAAAUACGUAACAAUGCCUGGUAUCUGGAUUUGGAAUGAACAAAGAUCCGAUCCGUUUGCGCACUUUAAGAAAGUACAAAACGGGGUUAUAUUUCACCCCAUCAAAUUUUCGUCGAUAGUUGGUAAUCAAAAGUUGAGGAAAGAAUAUUGUGAUUUUUAUAUAAAAUAUUUGCUGUAGAAAAAAGUAUCUAAACAAAAAUAAUAACUACUAUUUUCGUUUAA